AUGGCGUUCCUUGUGGUGCUGGCAAACUUUGCCGUCUUCACGGACGCGUUCCUCUCUGGACUGAUCAUUCCCUUAAUUCCUACCAUCAUCAAGAAUGGGACUCGGGCACAUUAUUCCCAUCAACAACUCCAGAUGUGGACGUCCGCCGUGGUUUCUGCCCAUGGGGGCGCCUUUGCCCUGUUCUCGCCAUUGAAGCCGCUGUUCAUGCGACAGGGCCCGUCUAGCUAUGCUGUGGUUCUCAUCUGCCUUGCCUUCUCAGCUGCCAACUUCUCGCUCCUGCAUCUUCCCUCUGACCCCUUAAUAAUGGUUAUGGCCCGGUUCAUGCAGGGGCUUUUCGCCUUCGGCAUAACUGUAGCAUCCUCCGGCAUGAUGGCAACGGCAGCGACUAGCAGUGGACAGAUUUCUGGUCCCACAUGGCUGACUCCGACUCUGAUCCGGAAUGUUGCCAUGACAGCGGCGCCCUUCCUCGCUGGGUGCCUGAACGAAUAUUAUGGCACAGAUGUCGUUUUCUACUGUGGAUACGCCCUCGUCAUGGUCAGUGUCUCGCUGAUCCUGGUGGCCGUCAAAAACAUCCCCGUCAGCGAAGUCGGUAUCGAGGAUAAUGAGCAGCCCAACCUGCAGCCGCGCGGCUACGGCACGAUGCCUUCUGGGGCGGGCGGGCUCAGCAGGAGGUCAUCGCGGUCGAUCUCGCCGAGGACGGCACUUCCUGCGAGGGCAGGCCAGCGGGAUGCUCUUGAGACCCUUCCUGCUGCCGCCUCCGGCAACGCGCGGCUUUCGGUUGCUCUAUUCGGAUAUCUCGUCGUUGGCCUGCUUGCCUCUGCCCUCCAGAGUGUUCUUCCGCUCUUCGUCAAGCGCCACUUCAGCUGGUCGAUGCUAGCCACCGGAUCUAUGUUCGUGCCGCUCUCUGCGCCCGCUGCGCUGGUGGGGCCACUGGCCGGUGCUUUGGCCGUUCGGGUUCCCAGGUCUACUCGUUUUCUGGCGGCAAUCGGCUUCUUCGCCUGCUUACCGGCUUUCUUGUACCUCGGCGAGCUUAAAGACAACACGAAGGUUGUCCAGCAUGGGUUCCUUCUGAUGCUCGGCUGCCUUUCCUUAGCCGCCGGACUCUGCGGAGACCCCUUGGCUAGGGAGAUCAUGAAUACCGCGGCGUCUUCCGGAAGCGAUCGUUGGUCGGCCAUAGCACAAGCCACCAGCCUUGAGAGCACUACCAAUGCGUGGGGCAGCUUAGUUGGGCCUCUCUUCGCGGGCGGUGCCAGCUGGGUUUGGGGUUGGUCAACCAUGAACAAAUCCUUGGCAGUGGUUGCCGCUGCCGCUGGAGUUGUAUCACUAUUCUUUCUGCAGGGCUGGAUUGGGAGCCCGUACCCAAACAUUCAGUCCCGCCGCACAGAACCGACCUCUGAUGAGGAGUCGGCUCCUCUUCUGGCAAACGACCGCUCUAACCGCGGCUUAUACGGACGGCCGGAGACUUUCAGCAGCAGCAAGGAAGACGGCUACUACAAGCAGAGACAGACCUCGGAGGCCGCUUCUCCGCAUGCCUGUGGCGCGAAUGAUGGGAAGAACCGCCCUCAUCGCCGACACUUCAGUGUCGAUAACUUCUCCGUUGCCACAACAGCGGGCCCGGGCAGUGUGGACUCUUCCACGUCUUCAGUUCGUUUCCAGGCGGCUCUGGAGACGCCGGUGCACGGAGCGCUUGGCAACGGAGCGAAACGACCGUCGAUGAGCGAUAGUGCUAGCAAGACCACCGCCGAGCGGCGGUACAUAAUGCGAGAGGCGCCACACGCUCCAGCCACCGAUCCGCUCCUUGCCGCCGGCAGCCUCUACGUCAUCGAUGAGGAGCGCGAUACUGCUGCGGGCGUCGAGAGCGAGCGGCAAAAACGGCGGGUCGUGGUCUUUCCCGAGGGGACGGCACCGCCCGAGCUGCUUGAGCGUCACCGCCACCAUAUCGUGGCCAUCAACGCGCUGGACGGGACCGCCCAGAUGGUCUCGGACAGCACCAAUGACCAUGCUGUGCACGUCACGGAGGAGAGAGGGAAGGAAGAGCCCGCUUUCUCAGAAGCUACAUCCAGGCGGUAUGUUGUUGUGGUGGUCGAGGAUGAGGAUUGCGACUCGGGAUGA